CGCCCCACAGCCGCCCCCCUGCCCGCCCCUCCCCGACUUGUGUGGUGCCCCCGGCGUUUGAGGUUGGCUUGAGUGCUGUCCGCGCGUGAGAUGCGCCCAAGCAUUAUUAUCUAGGGAGGAGUCCCGACCCGAGGCUGCUGUCCUACCAGGGCUGUUCUGGAGCCUCCCGCCUGCGGCCCCCCGAAUCCCCGAGGCCUGGCCGAGACCUGGCUUCUGGAGACUCUGUCCAUCCUCAGGGGAAAGAGCCCAGAAAGAGGACAUGGCUACUGAACAGAGGGAAGCAAAGUCUCAGGUGACAGUGACGUUCGAGGACGUGGCUGUGCUCUUCUCACGGGAUGAGUGGAGAAAGCUGGGUCCUUCUCAGAGGAACUUGUACCAAGACGUGAUGCUGGAGAACUAUAGCAACCUGGUCUCACUGGGACUCCCAUUUUCCAAACCCAAAGUGAUCUCCCUGUUGCAGCAAGGAGAAGAUCCUUGGAAGGUAGAGAAAGAAAGUCCUGGAAGCUUCUCCCCAGGAUGUAAGAGCAGUCCUAAAACCACAAAGUCAACUCAAACUCAAGGCUCGUCAUUUUGGGGGCUGAUAAGAAAGAGACUCAAAAAAGAUGAACCCUGGAACUUCAUAUCCCAAAACCCUUGCAAAUAUGAAGACAAAAUAAAGAAGCAGAAGGACGAAAAUGAAAGUUUACAAAUUAUUUCAAUCACCCAUACAGAAAUCCUCACUAUAGAAAGAAGCCAUAAAAACAAUGACUUUGGCCAAAACUUCAGCCUAAAAUCAGUGUUUAUUAAGCCACAGAGGCUUGCUAGAGAAAAAAUACCAUCAAAAUAUGAAAUGCAAAGAAAUAGCUUUAAACAGAAUUCAAAUUUACUUAACCAACCAAAAAUGAAGACAGCAGAAAAACGCUAUAAAUGUAAUAUAUGCGAAAAAGCCUUCAUUCACAAUUCAUCCCUUCGUAAACAUCAGAAAAACCAUACUGGAGAGAAAUUAUUUAAAUGUAAAGAAUGUUUGAAAGCCUUCAGCCAAAGCUCAGCUCUUAUUCAACAUCAAAGAACUCAUACUGGAGAGAAACCCUAUAUAUGUAAAGAAUGCGGGAAAGCCUUCAGCCAUAGUGCAUCCCUUUGUAAACACCUAAGAACCCAUACUGUGGAAAAAUCCUAUAGAUGUAAAGAAUGUGGUAAAUCCUUCAGCCGAAGGUCAGGCCUUUUUAUACAUCAGAAGAUCCAUGCUCGAGACAACCCCCACAAAUAUAACCCAGGUCGGAAGGCAUCCAGUUGCAGCACAUCCCUUCCUGGAUGUCAGAGAAUUCAUUCCAGAAAAAAGUCCUAUUUAUGUAAUGAAUGUGGCAACACCUUUAAGUCUAGUUCAUCUCUUCGUUAUCAUCAGAGAAUUCACACAGGAGAGAAGCCUUUUAAAUGUAGUGAGUGUGGGAGAGCCUUCAGUCAGAGUGCAUCUCUCAUCCAGCAUGAAAGAAUUCACACUGGAGAAAAACCCUAUAGAUGUAAUGAAUGUGGAAAAGGCUUCACUUCUAUUUCACGACUUAAUAGACACCGAAUAAUUCAUACCGGAGAGAAAUUGUAUAGUUGUAAUGAAUGUGGUAAAGCCUUAAGUUCCCAUUCAACACUCAUUAUUCAUGAACGAAUUCACACUGGAGAAAAACCAUGUAAGUGUAAAGUGUGUGGGAAAGCCUUCAGACAAAGUUCAGCGCUCAUUCAACAUCAGAGAAUGCACACUGGAGAAAGACCUUAUAAAUGUAAUGAGUGUGGGAAAACGUUCAGGUGUAACUCAUCUCUUAGCAAUCAUCAGCGAAUUCAUACAGGAGAGAAACCAUAUCAAUGUGAAGAAUGUGGGAUAUCUUUUGGCCAAAGUGCAGCUCUUAUUCAACAUCAAAGGAUUCACACAGGAGAGAAACCCUUUGAAUGUAACACAUGUGGGAAAACCUUUAGGCAAAGCUCAUCACUUAUUGCCCAUCAGAGAAUUCAUACUGGAGAGAAACCCUAUGAAUGUAAUGCAUGCGGAAAACUCUUCAGCCAGAGGUCAUCCCUUACUAACCAUUAUAAAAUUCACAUUGAGGAAGACCCCUUGAAAGUAGAUUUGCAUGGGUGAGAUCCUUAAACCAAAGCUCUUUAGAGUACACUUGGCCCUGUGUAUCUGUGGGUUCCACAUCCACUGAUUCAAAUAACCACAAAUUUUAAAUAUUCAGAAAAAAAAAUUCCAGAAAAUUCCCCAAAGCAAAACUUGAAUUUACCACACACCAACAACUGUUUAAUAGCAUAUACAUUGUAUUAGGUGUUAUAAGUAAUUUAGAAAUUAUUUUAAGUAUCUGAGAAGAUAUGUGUAGGUUAUAUGCAAAUUCUACACUAUUUUGUAUAAGGUACCUGAUCAUUCUCAGAUGUUGGUACCUGAUCAUUCUCAGAUAUUGGUAUCUGUGGGGGUCCCAUAAUCAGUUCCCAUGGAUACUGAGGGACAACUCUAUACACACUUGAGAAUGAUUUAAUAAAUGUAAUGAAUAAGAAAAAAAAACUUCUAUUUUAAUUUAGUCCUCAUCAGAUAUUAAAUUCUAAGGAUAAACCUUGACUGUAUAAUAAAUAUGUGGAAAACUUUCAUACCUGUCAGUCACUUUUUAAAAUAUCCUGAGACAAGUAAAUAACAAUAGCAAGUAUUCAUUUUCACCAUUUUUGAGUUAAAGGCAAGGUUUUUCUAUCUCUUUAUAUAGCAUUGUACACUAUAUGCAAUAUGUAAACAGAAAAAUUUGGGUGCACAUUUGCUGGAUUUCUCAUUAGAAAGACACCAACGGUAAAAGCUAAUAUAGCAUAUUUAUUAUAACAAACAUUUUAUAUAGCAAACAAAAUCUUAAAAUAUGUGCAUUUUUAGAGCAAAAGACCAAAUAGCAGAUUAAAAACAAACUACCUCAGUGUUUGGAACU